GUGGCUUCUUUCCUCGAGGACUCAGAGCAGCUUUGAGGAGCGCGUGAGGCAGCAGCCCAGCGGACUGCCCCCACUGAAGCAAGUGCGCAUCAAACAGCCCACACCACGUGAACGGCACGAGCGGGACGCACCGCCGCGAGACUUGGUGAUUUCUUUAUAAGUUUGUUCUUUUUUUUAACUGGGAAUGGACCUCACAGCCAAGAUGGAAAUUAACGUCAGCCAGCAGCAGCUGAUGCCGCCCGCGUGUUUCUUUUCCGCCGCCGCGGCGGCGCAGAGCAUCCAGCUGAGCCCGAGCGGCAGCAGCCAGGGCAGCGGGAAGUCUGUGUCCAAGCAGCCCAAGAGGCAGCGCUCCUCCUCCCCGGAGCUGCUGCGCUGCAAGCGGAGACUCAAUUUCGCGGGUUUCGGCUACAGCCUCCCGCAGCAGCAGCCGCACGCGGUGGCCCGGAGAAACGAGAGGGAGAGGAACCGCGUCAAACUGGUCAACAACGGGUUCGCCACCCUGCGGGAGCACGUCCCCAACGGCGCCGCCAACAAGAAGAUGAGCAAGGUGGAGACGCUGCGCUCAGCCGUGGAGUACAUCCGCGCCCUGCAGCAGCUGCUGGACGAGCACGACGCGGUAAGCGCGGCGUUUCAGUCCGGCGUCCUGUCGCCUACCAUGUCGCAGGGAUACUCCGCUGACAUGAACUCCAUGGCAGGUUCACCGGUGUCCUCAUACUCAUCCGACGAGGGCUCCUACGAUCCUCUCAGCCCGGAGGAGCAGGAGCUGCUGGACUUCACCAACUGGUUCUGAGCGUCUGUAUAAGAAAUAUGGAUCAACUCAACUUUACUGUUGAAGUGCGCUUGGGAUGGUCCCGGAGGAGGCUGGCUGUCCUCAAAAACCAGACGCACUGUAUACGCGUUUUGGCGCGGUCCUCCCAGACUGAACGAGACAGACAUACAGACAGACAGACAGACACGGCCUUAACGUCCCUAAAAAACUUGGGGGAAAAUCAGGCCGGAGAUCAGCGCCAAAGGAUUAAAGGAAGACGGGUCUCCUGACAGCGUGGGAAUCCGAGCUUCUGUGCAUCUGCCCAUGAUAAAAACCCUAAAGUGAAUUCAUGCUCUUCAGCAGCGCAUUAAAAACAUUAUUUAACACGUCGCUCUUCAACUAUGCUAAAUCCAAUCACACACCACCAACCCUUUGGUAAACCUCUCAGACGUUUUAAUUCAGAAAAAAAAUGCUUCCAAGUCGCGGAUUUAUUCUAUAAAAUUCUAUAUCAAACGCUUUUUUGAAAUAUAUUAAGAUAUUUUUGUAUGUAAGAGAUUUAUAGAUGUUUUGUACACAUCCUUUUUGUAUAUAUUUUGUCUAUAUAUUGCGAAGUUGCUUCUAUACCUCCUGCCUAUGUAGACGUGUAGUCUAUUAUUCUCUGGCUCUUCUGUUCCUGAGGUUCCCAGACGGAGUUUGACACUCCGACGUUUUUAUCCUAGCACCGAUGUGUCUUAUUUAAUAGCUCAAACCAUGUUAUUGCAUUAUUAUGUCAUGAAGUUCACGAUGAUCAAAAACGUAUGCAGCUAUUGUCCAAACAGAGCGCAAUGGCUACGCAUUGUCUCUCUUUACACUGCCAGCUCUAUAUUGUCUUCACAUAAACAGAUGUUGGAAAAAAAGAAGUCUUAUAACCAUAUUUUCUACACUCUAGUCCAAGAAUAAAAUGAUUUGCUACUGAA